AUGGAUGAUUUUAACUGCCCCAAUCUCAAUAAAUCAGCUACCAUCCGCCCAUUUUUCGAACAUCAUUUCAAACGGCUGAUUGACUCGCAUCCACCAUACAACCAUGGAAAGGUGGCCACUAGGUUUGACAAUCUUCAGUCGCCGUCCAUACUGGAUUUAGUGUUGACCAAUGAGGAGCUGAUGGUAGAGUUUGUCAAUGUGACUUCUCCCCUAGGACAUAGCGAUCAUGCAGUACUUACAUUCAAAUACGUCUGUUACGCAUCGAUUCAGGGAAGUGAUUCGGCACCCGACGCUCGCUGGUUUGCUGUGUUGGAAUUGAGCUGUGUCAGCGCUAAACAUUCGUUCAUUGACUGGAUUCCUGUCAGUAGCCGACUGUGCACUGUACGUCUCAACAGUUCAGUACGGGUCACCAGUUACAGAUCGAGGCGUCGGUGCUUAUUCAUCGUGUCCGUGAAUGUACUGACCGAUCACAAUGCACCAGAAAUCAAGGAUGUAUUCUACAACGAUCUUUCUCAGCUGCUACAAAGCGCUCAAUCAACGGACAUCGUGGUACACGAUAGAGACUCCAAUACUCAAGUGGGAUCUCUGGAAGAAGCACAUCAACUUCUUCCCAAAGCAAACAAACCGCAUUGCUUUAUAAUUGCCAACAUUUUCAGAGCGAUGGACUCAAAUCGACCACAUCGCCAACUAGUGGAAACGGACUACGCUUUGUUACGAGCGAGAUUCUCCCUACGCCUGGUAAUCAAACGCCACAGGGCCACCGGAUGCCUAUAA